UUUCCGAAGCAUAAAAACAUAAAAGUGAUGUAACAUUGACAGGAAAAGCCAUCUUUUUCUGCGAUGACGUUAUAACCACGCGACUCUUGCUUGUCAGUCACGUGAGGCGGGGUGUGAAGGAAGACAACAGUGUAAAUUUAUCAUCACUGCUUAAAAAUGACCACCGCUCUGACCCAAGGUUUGGAGAGAAUACCCGAUCAGAUUGGGUAUUUGGUUAUUAGUGAGGACGGUGUACUUGCGUCCGCAGGAGAGCUGGAGAAUGACGAGCACACGGCAGGAGUGAUCAUGCAGAUGGUCAGAACCGCCUGUCGUUUCAGGUUGCACGGGACAGCUGAGCCCCCUUUUAAACGCAUGUCAGUGAUGUUUGAAGACUACAUUUAUGCUGUGACCAUCUCAGGACAGAAAGUUUUUGUAGUCAAACGGCAGAACAACCAGAGGGAACCUGUUAUUGUGUAGUAAAGAGGAUAAUAUGGACUGAUCUUACCAACUUCUACAAGCUCAAAUUGGCGCCCUCACAUUGAAACCGCCAUUGCAACCAUCUGAUGUUUGGCACAAUCACACUGAAUUUCUUUUGUAAGAAGACUUUAUUACACUGAUUUGGGGGCCUUUGCUGGUGUCAGGUGUAUUUGACCUGAACCUGAAUAAGUUAAUGUGUUUUCUUGUAUAACUGCAAUGUUACAGACUAUGGUCACUGGAUUCAUCUGAUGCAAGAUUAAAUGCUGUCAAUAUUUUAGCCCCCAUUUAUGCUUGAGUGGUUCCAGUUAUGGUAUUAAUAGAAAUAACUAUAGAUUUGUAUUUACAUUUAACCCAUACAUCUAUUAACAUACAGCUUCCUCAUACAAAUACAGGCAUGUUUUGACUUAAGGACCUGCUCAUCACAUCUUAUCUUUAUGCAGAAAUCUCAUUAGACUGGAAUUAUGUAUACAAAUGUGUAUUAGCCACGGAAGCGGUUUAUUUUUGACAAUAUUACACUGGGUGUUAUAAUUGCAUUAUGAGUUUCAUAUUCCAAUCUUGAUGUAAAGUGUGAGAGCUUGUAGUGAGGUGUUAUAAUAAUCUGUGGAAGCAGAAACUUAAGUGCACUGAAUUGACUUUUUACAGUCUGUUUCCAAAUAUAUCUAAUUAACAGGCUAGAAAUCAAAUCUUUGAAUAACUGCAUUAACAAUAAUAUAUUAAAUAAAGUACUAUGCAUUUUA